GUGUCAGUGUGAAUACGUCGUAAUAGCGAGUUAGAUCGUAACGGGUUUACUCGUCCAGUUAAGAAGAAUUGGAAAAUUGGAAUAGUCAGUGAGUGUAAGAAAUCAAAUAGAAUCGCGAGUCGGGAGGUAUUCUAAUAGGGUUUGCUUGUUUGUGAACAGUUUCUUAGAAGCAUCUGGCGCCAGAGAGUGAAUCUAAACCAUAAGUGUAGUUAUAUCUUUUCAAAAGGAACUAAAAUUCAGAGUUCUUUAAAUUUUGAUUGUGUUAAAUUGAAUGUGAUUCUAAUGAGAAAAAAAAAUAACAAAAUAUCGAUGUAAAACAGAAAGUUGCAAUAACGCGCAGUAAGGGAUAUCCUUUAGUCUGAAGAUAUAGAAAAGAUAUUCAACGGCCAAUUCCGAAGUAUUUCUUUGUUCGCAUUUUCGAGAGAGCGCAACAGCGGUUGUCACGAAUACACACACUCGCUACAUGUUUCCUGCAGAUUUCGCAGUACCUAAAUCUGUAUUGUAGAAACGCAGUGUAUGAAUCUGCCUGCGGAGAAGUACAUCCAGAGUGUGGCCAAACUGUUGACACGCACACAAGUCACGAUUAGGCGCGAAUUUGUAUGUGUGUGUAGUAAGGCAGUGCAUCGACGAGAGAACAAAGAAGACUAUAUUGAAUACAAACACGCAGGGAAAUUGUGCGAAGCUGCAGUUUUCAAGGAAGAUAUUUAUUGAUUCCGUACUAUUUCUGUGAUAGUGUUUCCUGUUUCUUGACGAGAAGAAGAAGCCUUCGAAGAAUAUUUGCGCCGGAAGGUUGAAUAUCCAUCCCUGAAAUGCUGAAAGUAAAAGUAGCGUUAAUGGAACAGUGACCGAGAUCUGCUGCUUAUGUUCGCUGGAAUGAAAAAAAGAAAGUACUCAAGGUGAAUAAAAAGUUUGGGUAACAACAAACAUCGAUUAUCAGUGAAGCUCAUCGUAGCAAAAGUUGUAAGUCUUAAUCGGCGCGCUUGAUUAUGUUGAGUACUCUGUAUUUGAAGCCAGUGCCAGCAUAUUUACUCAGAAAAAAAAGCAACCAAGGAAGAUAAACCACGCUGAAGCAAAAUAAUAUCCAACAACUGAGCAGUGAAAUUGAAAAUACGCAUGUAGUUUAUAUUUGAAGAUUAAUAAUAAAGUGUGAUAAUAGUUUUUAAAUCAUAAUCGUAAACAAUUGACUGGAAAGGAGCAAAUCGCAAGCAAAAGUCGAGUGAAUUACUAGUAAGUGAAGUGAAUCCAUAAUGACCAACUCGCACAACAGGGCUGACAAAAGCGGCGGUAAUGUCGAACGGAAUUUCAACAAUCACAGUCCACAACAGCUGGGCGGCAGUAAUGGUAAACGAAAUAACUUCGCUACUAAUAACAGUAGUGGAAAUGGAGCGAGGGUACAAAAAUCGCCAAGCUCGAACUAUUUUCGGAGCAUUUCAACGUUCAACACUGUUGUAAUAUCAAAAUCGACGUCGCCUGUAAGUAGCAAAGGCGGAAAUAACCACCAGCACGCUGGCUCGCCCAAUAGACGGUGUCAUAGCUUUAAUAAUUCCUCCACCACCCAUCAACGGUCAAGUCCUGGUGGGGUUAGCUUCAAUACAUCACAUGGAAUGUAUACUGGAACGCUGUCUGGAUCACCACCCAACUUUUCCCAUUUCGCUGGUAGCAAGUGUUACGAUGCUCCGGCACCCACCGCUCUACCAAAACCACCCGUACACUGGACGUCACCAAUUCAAUCCUCCGCUUCAUCGGUAGAAUCAACAUCGGAUUCUUCAGGUACAACCAAUGUCAAACCAACAAUUUCAACGUCUAUUGUCAAUAAAAAAGUUAGCGCAAUAUCGUUUGCCAAGGCGAAAUCCUCCACGAAACCAGCGAUGUCAUGCGCUACUUCGGUAGCCAAAGCAAACGUUGAUUUCACGCACAAUCUCAAAAUGAUCCUGAACGUUCAAGCUUAACCAAGAAAUGUGCCCGGGGCCAAACGAGGUGCGGAUUGCAUUGUGUUCGCGAUGCCAUGAUCGUCGUUCAACUCAAUUCAUAAGUAGUGGCUCAGCAGAGAGUGUUAAAGCAACAACACCACCACACCAGACCAGACCAGACCGAAGUAAUAUCGACAUCAAAGCAGGCAGGUUUUUGUGUGGAUAAACACACAUAUGAAUGGAACAAAAUAAGUUUUGUUUCUAAAUCUUGAAAGCAAAAACCACCAAUUCAAACUUUAUAUGCAAAACACACCAAAUUUAUCAUCAUCGAAUUAAAUUUUACAUAUUAACAACAAUCAAACAAGCAGGAGCAGCCACAAUGGAUGAAUAAUGUGAGUUGAAACACAUGUACUAAUAUUGAUUAUUGAUUAUGGAUUCUAGUUACACUUAUUUUUAACAUUAAAUUUUAAAUCGGAACGUGUGACACUUUCUGGUCACAAAUGAUCAUCAGCCAUUGCAAAAGGUAUCCUAAUUUUUUUAUCUUCAUUUGGGCUUUAUUUUGGCGGGCGUGUUACAGUCAGUCCAGCAUUGAUUCAAAAUAAACUUUUUUAAUUUUUGUCCGAUAAAAAUUUUCCGUGUAACCAUUUCAAAAAAGCUAUUUGUUUAACUUCUUUUUGUCAUUUGAGUGCGUUGAUAUUUGCCAAACUAAUGCUGGAACACUGUAAAAGGUUGCCAAAAUCGUGCUACAAAAUGUUACUUUUGCAUUAUAUAGUCAUUUUCGUUGUUUUCAAUUUUAUGAUUGUAUAAAUAGUUCAGUAUGUUUCAAAACCUCACUGAAUAUACAUUAUAUUGAGGUUUGUUCCUUAACGAGACGAUGAUUAAGAUAAUUAGUAUAUGCAUGAUCAACAAAAAAAACCAAACACGCUGAUAAAAGUAAAUACUUGUGUUGUGGAAACUUAACCUUCAGCGCAAUUAUGUUCCAUCCAUUUUUUUUUUUCGUUCAAACCGUUGAUUCAUUGAUUAUCAAAAACAUCUUUUCUGUUUCAAAUGUUCAAUAAGCUUUUUUGUUCGAUCCACUGGUCAAUUAACCAUUCUCGAAUUGCGCUCGAGAUAAAGUUUCCAUCGAUGCAACAGGGAAUGCGUGAUUUUGGGUAAAGUUAAAGCAGCAAAUGAAAAAAAUGCAUGAGGAGGAAAACAAAUACAGUACAAAAUCGAACUAAUUAAUGUAUGAUUUAUAAUAAUAACAAGCAAAUCUAACUCCGAUCGUAAGAAAAUGUUUGUGCUAAGCAAAACACUGAAGUGAUGUGAUGAUGGAAGGAAGGUAAACCAAUUGUAGUGAAAAGCGAGAAAGAUGACGAGUGUAUGUGACAAUAUAUAAAAACAAACGAGAAUCGAAAGACUUUUCACUAAUGAUAAUAAGUAAAAUCAACACAAUUAGGAACACACACACAUUAUGACGAGGAGGAUUAGGAUGCUGAUGGUUCGACACACACACAUCAAGUGUGAACAAACAAACAUUCUCGUUCACUCAGCAAAGCAAAUGCAUCUAUAAACAGUUUUCUUUUUCUUUUGUUGAGAAUCUAUUUUCGACACCGAUAACCCCCGAGAGAUAGAACCAUUUUGUGUUUUGUUCGGUAGUUCGGUGUCGAUUCUAUGUUCUCGUAAUGGAAAGAACGAUGUUGAAGAAGAAGGAUUAUUGUAAUGCUGGCCUUGACCUCUCGAGGGCGGAGUAAAACAUUUCCUUUUUUAUUGCUAAAUCUAUUUUUAUCAUCAGUACGCGCAUUUGAUAAUUGUUUUGGUAUCUGAAGAGAUGAUCUCUUGUAAAUAUAGCACAGUUUUGAACAUGUUAGAAGAAAGUGUGCCUUCUAGUAUUUUUUAGCAGUGGAAAGUAAACGAAACCCUCGAUUAAUCUUAGUAAAGUUCCGUUACUCCGCCCUUAAAAAUCUCCAUCAAUUCAUCGACAACAAACAUGAUUUGAACUCAAUUUUACCACUGAAAAAUUUUGUGAAAAUGUGAGCAAAUCAUAUCUGCUAUUGAUGAUCAUUGUGUAUGUUACUUUUUCACUCUCUCCCUGUCAGAAAAAAAUAUAUUUUGCACAUCAACUUUAUUUUAGACCACAAAAAUUUAAUAUAAAUUGAAUUUUUGUUUGAUCUUUGACAUCAAGAAAGUCAUUAGUCCAGUGCAAUUAAUUCGAUUUGGAAUGGCAUGUAUAAAAUAUAUGGCCAUCACUCAAAAAAUAUAUACGCUCUAAAAAUUUCACUGAAAAUUUUAUUGAAUCAGAUGCGCUCAUCCUCUAAAUUCAACACAGAACAACACAGAGAAAAAAAGCGAACGAAGAAAUAAACCGAGAUACGCAAUAAUUUUUUUUUUCAUUUUUUUAUAUUUUAUAUUUUUCAAACAAUAAUACUGCAAAUAUUCGUUUGAUCUCAAUCGUCUUUUAAAACUUAUUCUUAAAUUAAUCUCAAGCAAACAGGAGAAAUUGAGCUUGGAAUAACAUUUGAUGAGCGAUUUCUAGUUCCAAAGCAACUGAAGCUGUCGGUUGGUCGGUUGUUGAAAUGGACUCAAACGAUGCCCAUCAAAUGUUAAUCUACGGACAAUUUUAUAACACCAAUUGGAGAAUCGAUAAGGAUUUACAUUGAGAAGCUUCUUGUUUUCGAUACUGAUACGAACCUCAAAAUUUGCAUGAACAAAUCAGAUAAAUUCGAUUAAGGAACUAAGGUUUAUCAAAGGAAUUAUUCAGAAGAACAAAUUAUCUAUCCGCACACACACUCUAGUAAACUAACUUUAAUUUCAAUACAAUAGCUCACAGUCAACAACCUACAAUGGAAUUCUACAGAAUACUAAUGUAUCAAAUUAUAGCUGAAUCGGUUAGUAGUUUGAUAAAGAGAAGAAUCUGUUUUGUUAAGGAAAUGUGAUGUUUGAGUGCUUAUCUAUAUGAAAUUGGAUACAAAGUAUCGUUUUUUUCCUAUCGAAAACAUUAGUAAGCGGACAUGUUGUACCCAUUCAGACAUAAUCGACAAAAAAAAUCACUUUAGUUAUUUUUACAUUUCACACUUCAAUGAAGAAGGUCAGCAACAAACAUACAAUUACACAUAUUUUGGGUAUAAUGUUUUCAGUUUAACCACAAACAGUUGGAUUUUGGAUCGUCUUCCUUCCACUGUGAAGAGUUCCGCUUCAACAUUCUGGUAUCGUAACUCCACCAUAUUCUGCACAGCAAAGACUUUUCAAGGCUUAAACCAUUCUGUAACGAAAAUAUAUGCACCGCAUCACAAACCAGGUUUUGCAGUCUUGAAACUAUAUCAUUGAAAAUAGAAACUGCAAACAAUGCUUCAGAAAACUAUUUUAAAAAGUCAUUACUUAAAUCUGCGCAGGUGUGUUUUUAAAAUAGUUAUUGGCAAAUAUUGUUAAAUGUCAUGUCAUGACCAAUAUUUGCUCUAUAUGUUUGAUAUAUGUCCCAUGGACGUAUUUUUCGUCAGCUUGUGCCAAAAUCACUUUCUGUGUUGGAAUAAGUCUUAUGGAGGAUUCGUCCAUGUUGCGCACUCAUGUAGAAUCUUCUAAGUUGCUGAUAUCUGCUUGUCGGACGUAAUCAUCUACCUCCGAAACCACUCCCGGAUUUUAUGCAACCGUAAGUUGCAGUGAACUUAAAAAGCGCACUUGGAAUUCUUCCCUUGAUGUCGGGAUGGCGUCUUAGGAAACCAUUCAGUCACUCGUAUCCAGCAGCACGUGCUUUCAAUGGCGUUUCCCUUUCAAUGGUUCGAAGAAAAUAUGCACCGGGCGUCUCCGAACGUUUCGUGUCAAUCAGAAGCUCUGGAUUUCUCAUGGUGUCGUUAUACAAAAAGAAAGAAAUCCAUUUUAUUCUAUACAAUAAAAACUUAUUCAAGUUGUACUGUAUAGAUGAAAAAACACUAUUAAAAUCAUUUACAAAUAUAUCAGCAUAGUAUUCCUUGGGCCUUGAUUGAAGCAAAAUUAUUCACACAUCUUCCGGAAUCCGAUCGGAUUUGAAACUCGAACGGAUUUUACAAUUCUAUCUAGAUUGAUUUUCUCUUUACUCUGGAAAUCCAAUCGACUUAUGCAAAUGUAGCAACCUUGCCUUGACGCAAAGCGAACUUGAAGAUAAUUCAUCCAUAUUUGUGAAAUAAUUUUCUUUAAAAUUAGCAUGCACUAAGGCAGCUUAGAAUUGUUAAAGUUUGAAUCAAAAUAAUUAUUGAUCGUUUUUAAAUACUGUAGUCCUGAUUUUUACUUAACUAUUUUCUGAUAAAUUUACUGGUAUUUUCGUUAAAAAUUUAUCAGUACUAUGACAUCAAUAUCAGUUAAAUUAUCAUUCAAUAUUUUUUCACAGCUUGCACAAAAUAUGUUACUCUAUUUCAGAGAACACAUAUUUCAUACGAAAAAAAAAAAUUUUCAUUUAUAAUUUUGUCACCUGAAAAUCCGCUACCAUUUUCGUUUUACACAAACAGAACGCGAAAUUCGAUGUCGUCACUGUUGAAUUGCGUGGUAAUGUUGUAACAUUCGCACAACCCGGUUGGAUUUGACUCGAUCGAAUUUCAGCAAUGCGAAAUUGAGAACCGUUCGGGUGAUUCUGACUCAUUCGGCUUUCAAGGUACGGGUGAUUAAUAACUUCUUUAAAAUCGAUUGCCUUUGCUAAUUCCUUUUCAACUGGCAAGAUCGACAAACUGUUCAGACGAGAUUGCGACAUAGCCGAUCUCAAAUGGUUUCCCUAUAUUAAAAAAAAAAAAUCAGAUUACUUUUCGGAUCAUACUGCAUCUACAAAUCGUGUACCCGGGUGCAGUCAAAAUUUUCUGGUGAAAUAUUGGGUGAUAACAAAGACAAAAGAACAAACUAUUCAACAGUAUUAAUACGCAAUAGUCUAAAUAGUCAAUUGGUGUAUUUAGUCUAAAAAAUCCGAAAGUGUGCAGAGAUAGGUAGAGUUACGGUUUACAAAAAUCUUCUCUUGAAACUAUUCAAAAUACUAAACUCGACAGUUUGAUGUAGACCUGUAUUUCAUUCUUAAUAACCUGGCGGCAUUUUAUGGUGGUACCUGUAUUCUAAGUCUUUUAGUAAUUUCACACGCUUUGUGAUUUUAUCUUUUCUUUUCUUCUAGUCCUAUCGUUAUUGAAAAAUAAAAAAAAACAUAAAAAACAUCGAUAUGUCUGAAUGAUGUAAUAUUUCGCUUAUUUCAACCGAUCUGUAGCAAUGUUACACUAGUUUUUUCUCCGAAUAUCAUGAUUUCCCAAAGUCAAAGCAGGAAAACCAUCUUCAGAGCAACAGAAAACAAUGAGUGAAGGAACACAAAAUCUGCGAUAUGUAUAAAUAACACAACCCAUACUGUUUUUACUUUUAUUUUGAGAAAAACAUCAAGAGAUGUCGUGCGUGUACUUGUGAAAAGAAGUCGAAGCGAAGAGAGCCUCCAUUAGAUUAAUAGUUUGUGGAAUGUGAUGUUGUAAACUCACACGCAUGCACGCACGAUGCGAAAAACACAGCAGGCAUUUCGAACUGGUUUUCCUGUAUAUUAUAGGAAAACGGUUUACACAGCAUGAUUAUAGACAUGAAUUUCAAAGGCAAAUUGGAAAGUACGCUGUGUGCGCGUGGGUAUUUUACUUUGCUUCGUGUGAUACAACAAGGCGAAACGAUCAAACAAAAUCAAAGAUGUUGAGAUUGUAACAACAACCCGCAAAAAACAAUGGAAAAUCCCUAGGUUUAUAAGCAAACAAACAUAAAUAUUAGGAGCUACACACAUUAUAGAGAAGAGAUAAAAUGGUAGAAAUGUUUAUAAUUGUUCUGUGAUCCCCAUUUCUUCUAUUGUUGUUACUGCUUUUUUGAGCGUCACAUUUGCGACGAGAAACACAAAUUUGCGAUUAUGAUUCUAGAGAAACUGAACAAAGGUAACCGGUAAAAGGCAGUAGCAAUUAACCAUAUUUUGAUUAUUUUUCCAAUAUACCAAUCGAGUCAGCAAAUAAUGAACUCUGCACUAGAUGUUUGUAAAGAAAAAAGAAUAAUAUUGAACAUAUUUUUGUGAAGGUUAAUCGCCGUCAUGUGCUGUAACGAUCUUAACGAAUCAGAGUAUCUCAAAAAAAAAAUCCGAGAUGUGAUGGCGUGUAUCAAACAAACCUGUAAAAUUUUCAUCAUUUGUAACUUGUGUUCAAUCACAAUAAGCAUUUUUGUUAGUAUCAUGGAAAAUAUUGUGAUUUUUUAGAUUUAACGAUGAAAAAUGUCACGAAUGGAAACAUAAAUCUGUCCAUUCAACGAAAGAAACAUUUGAAAAGUAAAAACCCUACGAAGAGAAAAAUAAAUCUUCAAUUCCCCUAAGAUCCCCUUAUCGUACCCUGGCACACUGUCUCCCAAA